AUGCCUGGCAGGAUCAGCGAGUUGAUUUACCAGAUUGGCACAACCAUCGAAAUCGUGCGCUGGAUCGAGGUGGCAAGCCCGCAUCGUAUCCUGGGGUUGUCUUCGUAUUCAAACAACCCCGGGUUCGUCUUGAGCAACAACAGCAUCACCAACUCGAGGCCUCUCACAACGCAGAGGGCGCGCGGCGAAUGCAGCCACCGACGCGGGCUCAAAGGCUCUUAUAUGAAUUGUCUGCAGGUCGCUUGGGAGCUCUGCAUUCAAAGUGAGGGGUCUUCACACCACCUCUGA